AUGAGCCCGCCGUGUGCCGAAGCCAGCGCAGCGAGCACGGGCAGCAUUGCGUUUGGCCUGGGCAUUGCCGACAUCACCGGCCCUAUCGUCGAGACGAACAUGAUGGGCUAUGCUGCGCUGCCGCAAACGAACACCGGCCUGGCAUACCGCUCUCGCUCGCGCGCAUUUAUCGUCGGUGCGCCCUCCUCGCCCUUCUCACUCAAGUCGCGGCUUCCGCGGGCUCUGCGGCGCCGCACAGUGCACCCAAAGGGCGGAGACAAGGACCCAAACGACGGACAGCAGGACCGCUGGGUCUUCGUCAACUCGGACCUGUGCAUGGGCGACACUGCGAUCCGCCGCGCAGUCGUGGAGCGCCUGCGCGAGGAGCUGCCCGACGUGUACGGCGAGCGCAACUUUGGCUGGAGCGGCACGCACAGCCACUCUGGACCCGGCGGCUUCAUCAAUGCACUCGUCGUGCAGACGUCGUCAAAGGGCAUCGUCCAGCAGAACUUCGACGCCAUCGUCGAGGGCACGGUGCUCUCCAUCCUCCGCGCGCACAGCGACUUCGAGAGCCGCGCAGCGCGCGUCACAGCUGGCGAGAAGGCUAGCCUGCACUUCGGCAACGCAACGGUGCGCGAGGCGCACAUCAACCGCAGCAAGUACUCGUACCUGCAGAACCCAGAGGAAGAGCGCGAGCGCUACGACUCGGACCAGGACGACGAAUUUGCCGCCGUGCGCUUCCAGGACGGCGACCAGAAGAAGGGCCUGCUGAGCUGGUAUGCCGUGCACGGAACGAGCCUGUACGAGAACAACACACUCACGAGCGGCGACAACAAGGGCCUGGCGGCUAUCAUGGUCGAGCAGGCCGUCGAGCCCGAGUCGCUGCCCGGCAAGACCUCCUUCAUCGCAGGCAUGGCUCAGGGGUCCGUCGGCGACACGACGCCCAACACCGGCGGAGCGUGGUGCGACUCGGGCGAGACGUGCGACUUUCAGCACAGCACAUGCGCCAAUCCGAAGGGCAAGGAGCGUGUGCAGACGUGCCACGGCCGCGGCCCGACGUGGGGCAAAGACGAGCUGCUGGCGCAGAGUCCCACGGGCGGCUGGGACUGGAGCGGCAACGAAGUGACGGCCAAGUACCAGGCCGACGCGGCACUGGACAUCCUCGGCCGUGCGGACGGCGACCUCAUCCCCAUCGAGGGCGAGGUGCGCAGCGUCAAGUGGAACGUGGCGAUGGGCGCGGGCUUCCAGUUCGCGCUCGACAACGGCACGGUCGUCACGACGUGCCCAGCCGCGCUCGGCUACGGCUUUGCUGGCGGCACCACCGACGGCCCGGGCGCCUUUGACUUCAGCCAGGGCACGAACGACACCGACUCGCACAACCCGUUCUGGGACGUCGUGCGCACGGCCAUCAAGGCGCCGUCGGCCCAUCAGAUCGACUGCCAGUCGCCGAAGCGUGUCCUGCUCUCGAUCGGCGAGCAGCACUACCCCUACGACUGGGGGCCAGGCGGCCCCGACGGCAUCGUCGAGACGCAGAUCCUGCGCGCAGGCAACCUGUUCCUGCUCGUCGUGCCCGGCGAGUUCACGACGAUGGCCGGCCGGCGCAUCAAGGAGCGCGCGGCGAAGAAGAUUGCCGAGCUCGGACUGCUGCCGAAGGGCCAGGCGCCAAUCGUCGUGCUGAGCGGGCCUGCGAACACGUACUCGCACUACAUCACCACCAUCGAGGAGUACUCGGCACAGCGGUACGAGGGCGGAAGCACCGUCUUUGGCCCGCACACGCUCGACGCGUACAUUUACAUCUACACGAACAUCCUGCUGCCUGCCCUGCGCACCGACGACGCAGCACAGCUCAUCCCGCCGGGCCGCCUUGCGCCCUCGAACGUCGACAAGGCCUUCCAUCUCGGCGAGACGAAGGUGGUGUACGACAGCCCCGGCGGACUGCGCAAGAACUUCGGCGACGUCAUCACCCAGCCCGAGCCUCGCUACUCGCUCUCGGAGUCGCCCGCCGGCGCCAACGUAACGGUUGCGUUCAUCGGCGCGAACCCGCGCAACGACCUGCGCCUCGAGGGCACGUAUCUCGAGGUGCAGGUGCGCGAGGACGACGGCAGCUGGCGCGUCGUGCGCACCGACGGCCAUGCCAGCACGCUGCUGCGCUGGACGCUGACGAGCAAGACGGUCGGCUCGAGCCAGACCGACAUUGCCUGGCUCAUCGAGCCGGACACGCCGCCGGGCACGUACCGCAUCGUGUACCGCGGCAACCACAAGCAGCCCGUCACUGGACGCAUCUAUGAGUUUGAGGGCACCUCGAACGAGUUCGAAGUGGCCGCGUGA